AUGGUCACUCUGACCUUCAAGAUCCUCAAGAAUUUAACUGGCUUUGAUUCCUGUCCAGAGGCUCACAUUUUGCACCCCCGGCUGUUAGAUAAAGCAUCCUCUAAUGCAAACGCCAUUUCAACUUUCUUCGGGAUCCUCAAGAUUUUCACCGGUUUUGAUUUCUGUCCACAGGCUCGCAUUUUGCGCCCCCGGCUGUUAGAUAAAGCAUCGUCCAAUACGGGCUUUAGAGACGGCUGGCUGUAUGGUUUGUUCAAACAUAAAAGGACCAUGCCUCACCUGGAUGCCAAGGACAUUGUAUUCUACCACGAUCCUGACGAUCCCAACCCUAUUGACGCUACAUCCUCUGCCCGACUGUCAUCAUCUAAUCCUCAUCCUCCUAAAGAUGCCUUCUCCAUGUUAUUGCAGGCUGGGUGCAAACCAGCACCAGUUAUGGCUGGUUCUCGACGAUCUGUUCGCACAUCUAAGCUGUCUGCUCGCCUCCGCAAUGCCGAAAAUGUCUAUUCUUCAACUAGCAGAAAAUGUGCAUUGUCUGGCGCUACUGAACUUCAACUGGCUCGGAAAAAGGUUGUAUCAUCCCUCUUGGCUGAUGAUAGCCUCGAUGACAGUGAUGCUGGUAACGACACCGACCCUUUGGAGGCUGGUGCUGACCAGGCCAAUGCCAAAGAUGAAGCCAAACCCAAGGAUGACACUGAACCUGAGGACGGCGCUGAACCCAAGGCUGUGCAAGCUACUUUGACCAAGAGGGAACGUACCGCUGACAUUCGCACCACCUUCACUCGCCAUGAAACACACUGGGUAUGCAACCCUUGCAAGGAUGCUGGUGAACCUGAGAGCAGGCAUGUAUUUCGAGGAGGAAUCUCUAUGCUCCACACUCAUGAACACAUACUGAACCUUGCCGCACGACAUUUCGUAGAUGCGGUCGCACCUACUCCUCAAGCUGCGCUUAUGAAGAAGAUCCGUCAGGCACUCAAUACGGGAAAUGAUGAUGAUCUCGAUGUUUUGAAUAAGGAGCUCGCAGCCAUGGAAGUUAACGGUGAUCAUGAGAAAGAUGAUGUGUUCGACACUGGUGAUUCACUUGGUAAAGCCCUCGCACUCAUUGACCAGAUUCGAAAAUCACCUCGAGCUCAUGCCUUCUUCAAGAAGGCCUGCAAAGAAGAGAAUGUCCCCGAGCUCAAGUUAUUGCUGUGGAUUAGGACUCGUUGGGCUUCUUUAUAUAAAUGUCUUGACCGCAUGCUAAUGUUAUGUCGGGCUGUGAACCGCUUCACAAACCUCGCUGAUGAAAGUAAAGAAGUGCCAAAUCUUUGCAACAAGUCUUAUGACGAUUUCAAGCUUGAUCGAAACAAUUGGAAACACCUCAUGCUCGUUCAUCAAGUCCUGAAGGAACCAGCGACUGCCCAACAAUCCUUCUCAUCUGCGAAACACCCAACUGCGUCGCAAACGAUCCCUAUAUUGGAAUGCCUUACUGACCGGUGGCAAGAGAUGGCAAACAAUCCACAGUACGCGCUGAUCACAGAUGCAAUCAAGCAUGGACUCAAGAACAUUGACAAGUACUACAAGAAAACGAGUGACUCCGAUGUAUAUUUCAUUUGUCUUGUUCUCGACCCCAACUACAAGCUUGCCUAUGUUGAAGAUCAAUGGGACACUCAAGAUGUUGUGGACAGGAGGGCUCACCUCGAGGCUUUGUUUGACGAGUAUUAUAAACCGCCAACUCGGGUGCCUGCUAAAGACCCUGCUCUGCCAACAAGACCCUCACAUCAAAACUGGUACGGUGAUGCAUGGAUGCGCGAGGCCAUCAAAACAUGUCAAGCUGCAGACCAACAUGCUCAUAAUCCUCAUCAAGAACUCACCUUGUAUCUGUCUUCGCCACAAGAGGAAGCUGACAACAUCGUCGCCUGGUGGGGACUUCACUCAUUGCAAUUUCCUACACUAGCACGCAUCGCACGAGACUAUUUGCCCAUUCAAGGCAGCGCCAUUCCUUCUGAACAGGCUUUUUCAAGUGGAGGGAUCACGUCUACUGUGCGGCACAAUGGACUCGCACCAUCCACAUUCAGCUCACUGCAGUUGUUGAAGGCCGCAUACAAGAAUGGCCAUGUUUCCGCACAGGUUGAGGCAGAAGCAACUGUAUUGGAUGUCUAG